GUUAGUGCAUGCAGUGAAUGGCCAGCAUGUCACUCUGAUUUAGCUCUGAUCAUUUCUGUAUUAACAGGAUGAUACGUUUCAGAAUAUCCUUGAUUAACCUGGUUAGGUUCUAUCUAAUAUUUUCUGAGGAUUACAGUGGAUGCUGCGUGGACACUGUUUGGCCGCCAAGCCCGAGCAUCAUUUAUCUGCAGGCUAUCAGUGACGAGCAAAGCCUUGUGGUGAGCUGGCUGGUUAACCACAGCAGGGGCGACAUUUAUGAGGUCCAGGUCAGCCGCACUGAAAACUACAACGUCAUUUACAAUAGAAAUCUGAGUUUAAUCUCCGUGGAUUCAGAUGAAUACACAUGGACAUGGACCUCUGAUCUGCCUCUGGAGUGCGUCGAUCACUCAGUCAGAAUACGACAUUUCUAUAAUCAGUCUGUCCCGAGUCCCUGGAGCAACUGGAUAACCAACCAUGGAGCCCAGAUGAAGGUUGAGACCAAGAUCUUCCCCUGCGAGCGGAUAAUGAGAGAGCACACCAGUGCCAUGUUCUGCUGUGUUUACCCAAGAGGAGUCGAUAUUACUAGCAUGAUCUUGAACAGCAAAAAAUACCCUCUUAUCAGCAUUGGAGCUGGAGUCAAGGCUAUCGCUGUAGAUAACCUGACCAUCCCAACAGGGUUGAUUAAACGUCUUUCACUCUCUUGCAAUAAUGCAACAGGCGGGAUCGGUUAUGCCUGGAACUACAUCAGUUUUCCUCCCCAGAAGCCCAGAAACCUCAGCUGUGCGACCUCAGACAUGACAACUGUCAUUUGCACCUGGGAAUCGGGCAGAAAACGAGACCCGUAUGAUCGCAACAAGCAAACACACACUAUCCACUUAGAGAACUCCGACCAGGCUCCCAUCAACUGCGAGCAGUCAUCUUGUACUUUCCCGGCCGUCCCGCAGUUGGAAGAAUACAACAUCAGUUUGGUGGUGAAGGACCAGCUGGGAGAGGAGACAGAGAGUUAUAGCUUCAACAUCUCUGACAGAGUCUUUCCUGUUGUGGAGGUGAACAGAGUGAACCCUGGGUCAACACACACCACUGUUUCCUGGAUCGUCCCAGGGAACUUGACCCAACUGAACCUCCUCUGUCAGGUCACUACAGACUCAGACAGCACCACUGAGCUGAGUUGCAAUAAUGCGAGUGGUCUCUGCCAAGUCAAACUGGAACAUCUGCUUCCCAACACGUGCUACUCUACCAGAGUACGCUGCUGUGCCAAUGGCAGGCUCUGGGGAGAUUGGACACAGCCCAUAUCCUUCAUUACCUAUCCGUUGGUGACCUUGGAUGUAUGGAGGAGAAUAAAGCAGCUGUCCGACACGAUGACUCGUCAAGUUACUCUAUUUUGGACUCCACAUGUUCCUGGGUCAGCAGUCACAGUGAACAUCCAAGGCUACAUAGUUCAGUGGUUGCAGGAAGGCCAAAACUGGACUGAGUGGAAGGACAGUGGACAAACCCAGGCAGAGGUCUCCAUCGAUCCGGGACAGUAUGACUUCAGUGUCCAAGCUGUUGUCCACACCGGCUCCACCAUCCCUGCUCACAUCACCAUCCCACAGGGGGACGAUGGAGAAAUCCUCCCAGUAAAGAAGCGGUUGAGCAGCAGCACAGCUACUGGUUUUAAUCUGUCCUGGGUGGAGCAGGACUCUGCCACCUGUGGCUAUACAGUGGAGUGGUGCAUCAUGGGAAACACAGUGCCUUGCACUCUGCAAUGGCUGAAGGUGCCAGAGGGAAACAACACAUUGUUCCUACCUGCUAGAAAUUUCAAAGCAGGUUGUAGGUAUACAUUUAAAAUCUACGGAUGCACAGAAAAUGGACACCGACUACUUGAGGUACAGACUGGAUACUCACAAGAGCUCAAAUCUGUACAGUCCCCGAGUUUGGUUGAACCUUUUCAGAUUACUAGUUCAUCUGUGACGCUGGAGUGGAGUUACGAUGAAGACGAUCCGGCUCAUUCGGCAUUUAUCACUGGUUACCUGGUUACAGCACAGGCAGUAGGAUCUGGUACGCUGCUAGGUCAUGCUGCAAAUCUGUUUAACGUGUCGGUGGCAGACCCUCGGAGGAAGUCUGUGACCAUAGAGGGUCUGCAGCAGAACCAAGAGUAUGCUUUCUCUGUGAGCGCUCUCACUAAGGAGGGGCCUGGACAACCAACCAACAUCACUAUCAGGACCAGAACCAACUACUCUGCUCACCUGGCCAAGAUACUGACUCCCAUCUUGUUACUGCUGGGCUGCAUCAUUCUCCUGUGGCCUCAAAGAAAAAUACUGAUGAGUGUGCUGAGGGAUAUCUUUACUUAUCCUGCUGGUAUGAACAUCAAUACUCCUGAGUUUGACAGCUUCCUGCAAGAGACGAGUGAGCAGCUGCAGUCUCAGAAGGUGGAGGAGUGCAGAUGCUGCAACAUUGAGAUCCUGAAUACCAGACCUCUUCUGGAUGAAACAACGGCACUGAGAGAUGCUGAACCCAUGAACACGCUGCCCUCUCCUGGUUCCCAGCCCUCUCCUUCAGCCUUGUCACUCUCCUGUGUGCCACUCCAAACAGAAUACUGUCCACAGUCAGUCACAGUGUCCUGCGACAGAACAACCCUUCAACAAACAUGCAUCUCAAACAAGACUUAUAUGCACACCAUUGAGGAGGAUUUGUCUGAGGCACAACAAGUCAUGCUUCGGGAAUCAAGUAGUGUUAUAUAUGGUUAUAUCUUCAGUGAGACUUUAUAAAGUCAAAGACUAGGCCCAAAACAUCUAUGUCCUAUGUUUUCAACAGUUAAACUUCUGUAAAUAGAUGCUUUGUUUAUUAGGCAUAAUGUCAAUCUGCAGCUUUCUAAUGUAAAUACGUGAAGCUUUUGUAUUUAUGCCACACUUUAACAUACUAUAUGCACAUGUGAUUGGAAAAUGCAGCUUAUCAUAACAUACUGUAUGUAGUGCAGAAAAGCAGCAGGCGAUCUGGAGAGUAUUUUAGACUUACUACAAAACUUAACUUAAACUACUUAUGGCUUCUACGGCAAUACAGUCCAAAGUGAAAGUGUAUACAAUUUCACAAGAGAAAGUGAAGUGUGAAGCAACUACAGAUGUUAUCUUGAUACAACUGAUAGCACGAACAUCUAAAAGACAGCUGAACAUCUAAAAAGAUUUGCAUCUUUUUUGAACUUUUUGUUUUAUAUUACUUGUAUGGCAUUAUCAAAAUGUAUAAUUGACUAUCAAACACUGUAUUGAAUGAUCCGGUAGGAGGUAGUAUACCAUAUUGAUGUAAUAGCUAAAAGAAGCUAGAAAGAAGAAAGGAAAAAUAAGAGGAAAAGGGUUAUUGGCCAGUAUUUGUUUCUGCAGCUGCCCAUCAGUGACUAGUGGGUAAGAAGUCUGUUUUUACUGUGACGAGAGUCUGACUCAAAUAUCAAAACUUACUGGACUCUUACACGUAAACUUUCUCUACUUGUUAAAACAGGCCACUCAGUAAUUUCUGAAACCUCCUACUGAUAUUUUGCUCUACAGUUAUGACUCCAAUUUCCACCAAAUAUGCAGUUCAUAGCCAGACAUGUUAUGUUAUUUGGUACGGGUGAAUCACACAGCAUGUCUUUCCUCAGUCCAUGCUUAAGGUACAUUAGAAAUACACCAUGAAACAAAAAGGAAGAACAAGGGAUUGCGUCUGAUUUGAAGUUUAACCUAAUUGUGACUCAGUCACAGAUCUUAGCAUUUAUUAAUUUUCACAUUCCACUUAAAAGUCACAGGUUAUUAUAGAGUCAAAAGUCAUACAGUAGUUACAACAGCCUGAGUGAAGUGGGAAUUUCAAAGAAGACAACAGAGGACAAAUAGAAAAUAAAAUCCAUUUCGGAUCUCCACAGUAAAUGCUGUCCAAAUACUCGGAGCAGAGGAGAUUGGCUGUUUGUCCUGAACAUCCUGGCAGCUUUAGGAAUUUCCCCUAAAAAUCUUUAAAAAGCGAGGACAGAAAAUUGAUGUAAAUGGAACGAACUGAUGCCAUUAUGUACUGUAAAAUAAAAUAUAUAAAAGAAAUACAAUGCCAGAAGAGAGGACAUGCUUUAAAUACAACUGUCAAUUUGGUGCAGGUACAAAACAUGCACACAAACAUGUAUUAAAAAAACCACUAUCACAAUCUAUCUCUCAGACACGCAGCUUAUUGGUGCUGCCUCAGUAGUGCAGAGUUCACAGAAAAAAAAGCAGCAUGAUCUGACCUGCAAAACAAGGAGCUUUGAGUCAACGGGAGCACAAGCAGCCAGUAGAGCUGAGGGAAACAGGUGACACAUCAACUCAGUUUUUUUUGUGGUUUGAUCUUUGGAUCUAUUAGGAGGAUCUUGUUCAGUGGCAUAUUGUUACUCGGGUGCCUUUCUCUGACUGGGAGCAAAGUCUUUAGUGCACACAAUUGAGAUCCGAGAUGACCUGCUGAACAGGCGCAAGAUAUUCUCAACCUGGAAGCCAGUCUUCACACACACGUCCUCUGUUUUACUCUCAUCCUCACCUUGCUGUGCCUUCUGAAAGGGAAACGCAAAUGAGUUUGUUCACAUGGCAACUACAACAAAAACAGUAACACGAUUAAAAAUGAAGUGGAAAAGUGCA